CACACGUCCCAUGCGGCCAUGGGUGGACAAUCGUGCGCUAUUCUAAAUAGAGGAGACCUUAAUCCCUGAUAAUCUCUGUAUCCACUGAAAGCCUGCAGUCAUGGCUGCAUCGAAGAAGAAAUCACUGCCUCUAAGGCACCUGACGGACACUUUCACAAACCAAAGAGAGCAGAUGCUAACAAAGAGCCACCUGCAGGAGCGCUGGCAGGAGCUGAAGGAGAGAGAGCUCAUCGCUCAACAAAACAACAGGCAGCUGCUGCAGCAGUUUGAUGAAGCCCAGGACACACUGAGAGAGAUGAUAACACUCACUGCUGACAUGACAACUAUUCGGAUGGAGUACGAGCGGUACCUGGAGGAGAGUUACCCCCGCUGGCAGCAGCAGCUCGAGAGGAAAACACAGUCUGCUCAGAGACAGAGCAUGGAGGAGUAUUUAAGGUCAUGUCUAAAGAACAGAGAGGAACGGGUGUCAACAUCCUCAGCAGAUCUACCUUUUAAUUCAAAAGGCCCUACAUCAAUGUCACAGCAAAUGGCUGCACCUCCAAACCACUACAGCCAAAACCUCCACAUGGACUACAACCAACAUGGCUCCCCUCGUCUCCCCUACAUACAAACUUCCUGGCAGCACCCCACUCAAUUCCAGAGAGCUAAGUUUCCCAUCAGAGCCCAACAUCAACCUCAGGGUUACUCUCAUGUCCCUCCAUCUUUCCCCCAACAUCCUGACCCAUACCAUCAUCAACACCUCGACCCCCCACCCGGCUAUCAUUCCAGGCAAGAUGCACCAGGCUGGGCCCCCCUGCAGCCUGAACCCGCCUGGCCUUUGGCUGCUGGUGCGGCUGGGAUCUCUGCAUGCUCCGAGGCUCUGUGGGGUCCGCUUUACAGGGAGGAACCCCCUCCUGAGAUAAAGGUGACAGAGAAGGAGGUGGACACAAGCCUAGCACCAAGUUCAAAGAGAGAAGGAGGGAGUGGAGGCAGGAGCAGUCAUUUCUCCCAGGAGCUGGACAUUAAACCAGUUCGUCUGUCUGGUGGCCCUGCAGAGAGCAGCGAGAGCAGCAGGGAGUCCAGUCAGGGGAGCAGAGAGAAGAAGAAGAGAGGCACAUCACAGAAAGCGUCCUUGGACAGCUGCAGCUCUCACGAGUCAUCUGAGAGUUCCAGUGCAAUUGUCAUUGCUGCAGCCACAGCAGCCCAAAACUCAGAAAGCGACGCCUCAUCAGAGAAAAGCAGCACGAGUAGCAGGAAGAGGAGGGGUGGGGGGCUCGCUGUCAGAUCACCAAGUGCUGAGAAGCUGGGGGAAGGGAGCAAGGGAGACAACUCAGGGAGUCACCGAGAGGAGAGUCGGUCCACUAGGGCGGAGUUAGGGGGUCUAAUCGAGGAGGCCAGGAUCGAAAAAGGAGGUAAUCAAAGACAUGGGGAUAAUUCAGAGAGCUGUGGAGAGGAGUCUGGAUCCCAGAGGGAGGAGGAGUCUGGAUCCCAGAGGGAGGAGGAGUCUGGAUCCCAGAGGGAGGAGGAGUCUGGACAUGUUAGUGUAAAGAUUGAAAACAGAGGUGGAGAUGAAAUAGAAAAGCAGGAGAGUAACAGCUCUGAACAAAGCAGUGUAGAGGGAAAGGAAGAGGAAGAACCAGGAAGUGGAGAUGGAGAGGGAAAUGGUGGUUGCGCUGAAGAAAAAGAAAACAACCAGACAGAUGAAGAGCAAGAGGAAAGAGACAUGGAUGAUGAUGAUGAAAAUGUGGCUUUGGAAAAAAAUAAUACUACAGAUAAAGAGGAGGAGACAGGAUCGGAAGAAGAGGCGGAGGAUGAGGAAGAGGGUGAUCCUGAGGAAGAAAAGUCUGAAAUGUUGCAGAUUGAAGAUGGUGAGAACCAAAAAAGGGUUUCUACAUCUUCUCAAUAUGAAGGAGAGAACACGGAGGAUGAAGAGUCAGAUGAAGACGAGCAAAGAGGAGACGAAGCAGGAGAACCAGAGGAGGAAAGAGAUUCAGACGACAGCAUCAUCUCACCACCGCAAAACAGAUCUAAAAAGAUGAACGUUAUUCCUGAGGAGAACAGUGAAGAAGAGGAGGAGGAGGAGGAAGGGAUCAAAACUGAAUCCUCUGAAGAUGAGAUCAGUGACGACGAUGUCGAGAAUCUACUUGCGCCUCAAGAUCAAUCUGAGAAAGAAGAAAAGGACCUGAAAGCUGCCGAGAAACCAAAAGCAGUUUGUGACAACGUGGAGAUGUUUCAAGUUGAGCCGGACAGAUCAACCAAGUCGGAUCACCCGAGUGACUCUGAUGAGUUCGACCAGUUUUAUGAAUAAAUGUAACAACCUCUGAAACAAAAGCCUACCUCAGGAUAAAGUGUUACAGAGUAGUAUAUAGUAAACAACUUUAUUCAAAUAUGUGGUCUUUUGGUACGGUUUGUUUUCUUAGGUUUGAUUAAAGAUGUUAUCUAAAUGUAUCAAUACCCAAACAUAACUGCACACCAUUAAACUGCUUUAUAUACAUACUUAAAAGUGUUUAUGUUGACUACUAAAGAAAUAGAUUUUCAAGCAGGUUUCUUCCUCCUCCACUCGGAGCCUAAGAAACAGAAAUAUACAAUAUAAAACGGCAACACUAGUAGAUGUAAGAGAAGACUACAAAACAGUACAAAGAGUG